AUGGACAAGCUCAUCAACAAGGCGUCAGAGUACCUGAACAAGGACGACGACAAGCCCCAGCAGGGCCACGGCCACGAGGCUCACGGCGGCAACUAUCCCGCCGGGUUCGCCGACGACGACGAUGACGAUUACCGUCAGGCCGCCCACCAGGCCUCCCGCCGCGCCGGGUCCAGCGGGGACUCGGACCUCUUCUCGACCGUCCUCGGGGCGUUGACGCAGAAGAAGAACCAGCUCCAGGAUGAGGAUAUCGACGAGGACCACGCCGUGAACAAGCACAAGAAAUUCUUCGGCGACGACGAGGACGACGAGAAGGCCGACGACAAGGGCCUCGGCGCCGCGGCCGCCAUGCAGGCGCUCAAGAUGUUCUCGAGCGGCGACACGGGCGGGCAGAAGCAGAGCCAGGGCGGGUUCAUGGGUCUCGCCAUGGCGGAGGCCAGUCGCCUCUUCGACCAGCGCCAGUCACAAGGCAAGGUCGCCGACGGCACCAGCAAGGAGUCGGCCAUCCAGCAGGCGGGCGAGAUGGCGCUCAAGAUGUACAUGAAGAGCCAGGGCCAGCAGCAGGGCGGCUUCAUGGGUCUCGCGUCCAAGUUUCUGAAGUAG